AAAAAAGUUAAAUCUCGUUUUUUUAAAUCUUCAUCUCUUUUCUAAUAACAAUUCAUGAUGACGCCUUGCACUAUUGCUUCAGCUCCCGGAAAAGUACUUUUAGCAGGUGGUUACUUGGUGCUUGAACAGGCCUUUACUGGUCUUGUUGUAGGCACGUCCGCUCGUUUCUACACCGUCAUCAGACCUUCAUCGCAAGCCUCCACCACAACACCAGGUACCGUCACGGUGCUUUCUCCUCAAUUUGAACAAGCAUCUUGGACUUACCAAGCCAUCGCCACAAAUGAAAAGCUUGCUUUUCACUCCAUUACUACCGAAUCCCAAAAUAAAUUUGUCGAGACUUGCUUAAAGUUCUCACUCGACGUCAUUCUUCAAAGAAUUGGCUCUCACGCAUUAAACGAAAAGCUGGCUCAAGGCAUUGAAAUUACUAUUGUGGGUGACAAUGAUUUCUAUUCCCAGCGUGCUCAGUUGGAGGCUAAACAUUUGGAGAAUAAUGCUGAAUCGUUGGCUUCUUUGGACCCCUUUUGUAAAACACAUGCUACUUUGGGUAGCGUACAUAAAACGGGUCUCGGUAGCUCAGCUGCAUUAACCACCUCACUUGUCGCUGCUCUCUUGCUCUUCUUUCAAGUCGUCGGACAUGAGUUGAACAAAAAAGAAAAGACCUUGAUUCAUAAUUUAGCUCAAUUCGUUCAUUGCUUUGCUCAAGGUAAAGUAGGUAGUGGUUUCGAUGUUUCUUCCGCUGUUUGGGGUAGUCAUCGUUACAAAAGAUUCAACCCUGCUAUUUUAACUCCCAUUAUGGAUGAACAUGUGGAUGCCGCUAUUUUAUCCAAGGCACUGGAUGCUGAUAAUACCGAAUGGGACAAUGAGGUUGCUCCCUUUACAUUGCCACCUGGGCUUGAUUUGAUGUUGGCUGAUAUUGACGCUGGUAGUCAUACACCUACUUUGGUCGGCAAAGUCUUGGCCUGGAAAAAGGCCAAUCCCGACGAAGCCAAUGCGCUUUGGAAUGAGCUGGGCAAAUACAAUUCUCUGGUGGAACACCACUUUCGUCAACUAACCUCUUUAUACCACGACGACGGAGAAGAAUAUAAUACCACGAUUCAAACAUGUGCGCAAUUAAAAUGCACAGAAUGGGAAACUGCUGUUUCUGGCAAGGUUGGAAAAGAACUCGUUUCUCUUGUGCAUGAUUUCAACCAUGUGCGUGGACUUUUACAGAAGAUGAGCGAAUUAUCCGGUGUGCCUAUUGAACCCAAGGAACAAACACACUUGUUGGACACCUGUACACAAGUACCCGGUGUUGUCAUGUCUGGUGUACCCGGCGCAGGUGGUUACGACGCUAUUUUCUGUAUCGUCUUAUCCAACCAAUCCAAACACGCUGUUCGCAAGGUUUGGGAAUCUUGGAAGGAUUUGAGCGUCGGACCUCUUCUUUCACAAGCCGAUUCCAACGGUGUUACAUCCGUUUCUUUGCUCUCUGUGCCUGGGUUAGCAGAUACACUCACUUCUAAGUAAUAAUAAUAAAAAUUCCGGUUUAUGUCUCUAUGUACGUCUAGAGUUAGGGGGUGAAAGAGAGAGAGAGAGAGAGCAGUGAAGAGAUCAAGCAACAAAGAAAGAGAUCUGCCACGUCGUUCCAUUGGUCGAUCUACCUUUUUAUUAUUAUUUCGCAUUCCACCUUCAAACCCCUAUUUUCAAUUUAUGUAUGAAUAUUGCAUUUCUUUUU